UUUUGCUUGCUAAGGUUAGGAUUUUCAGAGCGGGAGAAAGGUACCGUCCAAUACGCUCUCAUGGCGGCCACGGAUUCCGUUCAGUGUUUCGGGCGCAAAAAAACUGCUGUUGCAGUAACCCACUGCAAACGAGGCAGGGGUCUCAUCAAGAUCAAUGGCUGCCCCAUUGAGCUCGUGGAGCCGGAGAUUCUCCGCUACAAAGCAUACGAGCCAAUCUUAUUGCUCGGUCGUCAGCGCUUCGCAGGAGUGGAUAUGAGGAUUAGGGUACGCGGUGGUGGUCACACCUCGCAGAUCUACGCGAUCCGCCAGAGUAUCGCCAAAGCCCUUGUUGCUUACUAUCAGAAAUACGUAGACGAGCAGUCGAAGAAGGAAAUCAAGGAUAUCCUCGGCAGGUACGAUAGGACCCUCCUUGUCGCUGACCCAAGGCGCUGCGAGCCCAAGAAGUUUGGUGGUCGUGGAGCUCGCGCACGUUUCCAGAAGUCGUACCGUUGAGAGGAGAAGAGUAAGGGAAGGGAAAAUGAAUUCGGAGAGGUUUUCAUCUCUUCUACUUUUUGCUUGCUUUAUAUUUUAGUUGCAGCAUUGCUGAACAGGUUUAUAAUGUUGGUCAUUGUUUUUGUCUUUUCGAGAUAUUUGCAAAGACCCUUGCAGUUCGGGUAGUAAGUAUUUUUGUUUGUGGUGGGAAAUCGUUCCGCAUUCUUCUUUCUUGUUGAAUUGUGGAUUAGGGCUUCGAAUUUAAAUAGAAAUUGACUUUUGUUUGUG